AAUAUCAACACACUUCGUAACGUAAUAGUGGGCAGUAGUGGGUGUAUUGCGCAUUGUAUCUGUCAAAUAAAAUACAUAUUUCUAUUCUCCAUUCUCCAUGCCGUAUUAGGAAUUGUGGGCACUAAAAUAAUGACAUUUUCAUCUGCAGUACGCUUCGAUUCAACAAACUAACAUAUUUUACUUACACUAUAAAUCAUCCCAAAAUAUUUAAUGUCAACGACAUCAUAACCAGGUUAUUUCCUUCAAUAUUAUUAAUUCCCAUAUUUUAUCAACUCCCUGUUCGAUUUUAUUUUUACAUUUAAUAUCAACACCCGACUGUCAAUGUAAACUCUAAUUAUUUAUAAAAACAAUAAUUUAAAUUUAAAAAAGUAAUUUUAAUUAAAAAGUGAUACAAAAAUGCAUUUUUCAAUUCCUGAUACUCAAGAAUUCAUUGAUGGAUCUGGGAAUUCUUUUGUGAGUUAUAACAUCCAUAUAAAUGGACUCUUCCAUUGUUCAGUUCGAUAUAAACAAAUGCUGAACCUCCACGAGCAAUUAGUAAAAGAAAUCGACAUAACACUUCCAACAUUUCCGCCAAAAAAAUUUUUCCCACUGACUGCCAACCAACAGGAAGACCGUCGUCUUUCCCUGGAGAAAUAUAUCCAGACAAUUGGACAGAAUCCGGCGAUAAAUAACUCUGAGUUAUUGAAUGGAUUUCUGCUUAACGCGCAACAAGAAACGAGCGCUCGUGUUAUGGAGAACGACGAGUUCCUCGUCCAUCUGAUGAACAACCAGCAAAUAAAACUGCAGAUAUCAACCGGCGAUAGCUCGAGCAAAGUUCUAGAAAAGGUUUGUCGUCACUUAAACUUACCACCCGAAUACGACUCAUAUUUUUCGUUAUUUAUCGUCGUCGAGAACGAGAACGGGGACGUUAACAUUCUCCGGAAGUUGCAUGAUUUUGAGUCCCCGUUGCUGACACGUGCGAAUAUUAAUUUUACAAAUGUCCAGGUGGUUCUUGGGAAAGGUUACUGGGAUGUUAAUAAUGACAGCAAACUGAUGCAUGACCCCGUCGCGCUUAAUUUACUUUACAUCCAAGCAGUCGCGGAAAUAAAUCGCGGGUGGAUAAUAGUCCCGAGUCCACUGCAAGCUCAUUUGCAUGAUUGUCAUGAAAAGAAUAAUAAAAAUGAAUAUUUAAAACUGGUAAGUUCAUUUAAGUACUACGGCUUCAUACAAUUCGCUGUGUGUUAUUGUGAUUUUCCUCAGCCGAAUACAAAAGUACAAGUGGCUAUAGGUAGAAAUGAGUUAAACUUGCGUAUAUUUAUGGAAAAUAAUGAAGAACAUGAAGCGAUAUUCAAAGUAACGCGUAUGCGAUGCUGGCGAAUAACGACCUUGCAGAAUAAUUUCAUUGAUAAAAAUAACAAAGAACAGGAAACGAAUGAUUACAGCUUAGAAUUAUCAUUUGAAUACUUGGUCGCUAAAAAUCAGCUCCAGUGGAUAACGAUAUCGUCUGAUCAGUCGAUACUUAUGUCUGUAUGUUUGCAAAGUAUGAUCGACGAAUUGUUGCUAAAACACGUCAACAGUCCUAAGAACAAUCAGCUGACGGGUAAAUCUUGGACCUACAUAAUGAGAGAUGGACAUAGCCGGAUUACUAUGGGUUCCAAUCCAGCUCACAGCGCACCUGGUACGCCGACAAUUAAUAGUGACAGAGUACAAAAAGACAAAUUAAACCAAGAGUCCGUUGGCAAAUCAGAUGACACUGUAAUUAAAAAAUUAUCCGAAAGGUUUUCGAAUGUCAAAAGUAAAAAGACAGAUUGUAGAAUUACCACUCGUUCAAAACAACCGGGCACGAGUGACUGUGAUAUUAUGGAAAAUAAUGCAUUUCAUAUGAUAGGAGACGAAGAUCUUUGAAAUAUAAUUUUGUACAGAUACUGACUACUACCGCCAAUUAAAAUAAUUAUUGAUAUUAUAUAAAUAUAUAUAUUAUAUAUAAAUAUGAAAAAUUUUUAUAACGCACUAAAGAUAUCGUAAUUGCACUAUUUUAUCUAACAUGACAUGUUCCAUUAUCAAAGGAUAUAUUAUAUCAUAUAUAUAUUAUUAUUAUUAUUAAUUGAUAUGCAAUUUUAUAUUGUAUUAGUCAUGUCGCUCAAAUCAAUAUAUUUAUUUAUAUAUUAUUGUACUUAAUAAUCACGUGUCCAGUUCAUUUGCCGGCGCGUUUAUUUUUAAAUUUUAAAAAAUUAACGCUAGUGGUUUGAUCACUAAUUAAUUUAUUUAUUAUUAAUUAUAUUUUUUUUUAAUUAUGAAAUAUUUCAAAAAAUGAGAAAUAAUGUAUGUAAAUGAAAUUGACCAAACCACUAACUACACAAUUGUUAUCACAGUGACAUUGUGCCAAAAAUGCUAUUUGACUUAAAAAAAAAAAUAUAAUUAGUGAAAGAAUAUUACAAGCCGUCCAAUAGUUAAUAAUUAAAUAUUCAUUUGUUAAAAUUCAUUAUUUUAUUUUUUAUUAUUUUAAAUGACAAAAAAAAUUAACUAACACAUAAUUAACAAAUAAAUUUAUUAUAUGAUUAAAUAACGUUUAUAUUGUAAGAUUAUAUUACAUGUUUUAUAAUUAACUAAUUAAUUCAUUCAUUCAUUAAUUUUUUUCCACUGUGUCAUCAAUUUAAAUACUUACGUAAAUUAUUUUCGAUUACAUAUUAUCAAUAGAUCUUAGUUUAAAUUUAAUAAAUUACCCAAUUAUUGACACUGUUAGAAAAAUAAAAAAUUUUACCGACAUUUUUUGACCGCGAAAAUUUAAAAUUUCAUAAGAAUUGACAUCGAUGUCCGUAAUUAGAACAUUUAAGUAAUAAAAAAUAUUUAAAUCUCUGCCAUAGUUCUUAGUGUCAAUAAUUGGGAGUUUUAUCCUGUAUCGUUACUGGAUUAAUUUUUAAAAAAAUAAUAAUAAGCACCAAAUUACAAAUAACGAAGCAUUUUAUUAGUAAAAAAAAAAAAAAAAAAAAAUAAACAAAAGGUAAAUUAAAUAAAAUAAAAAAUGUCAAUUGUACUAGAUGAAUAUAUGUGAUACAUAUCCUGAUUAUAAGCUUCCUUGCGACAUAUUACUAUUAUUAUUAUAAAUUGUUAAUUAUUAAAGUUAUUUUUUUAAUUACUAUUAUUAUUAUUAUUAUUAUAUUACGUAAAUAUUAUUUGGGCGUUAAUAAAUGCAUUUUUAAUAAUAAUUAUAAUUAGUGUUGGUAAAAUUCCACUCAAGUGUAAUAUAAAGUCAAGGCCUCUCAAUUAAGAUUGUGCUUCAAUUUUUAUUUAUUAUUGUAAAUUUAUUUAUUACGAGCUUUACUUUUUAUUUGUAUUUAAAUAUAUAUUAUUAUUAUAUUUUAAGAAACAUCGGGAAGUAUUUCACAUUUAUUUAGAAUUAUUUAUUAUUACUAUUUUUAAUCGACGAGCAAAUUGUUGAUACAUUUACCGAUAAAUUAAAAUAAAAAGUAAAAAAAAAAUAAUUUGACUGUGGAGAAUUGCCAACUCUGUUUUUUUAAUUUUGUUAGUGUAAAAAAAAAAAUAAAUAAAUGACUAUUAUUUGCAUUAUAGAUUUUAAUAAUAAAAGGAAAAACAUUUACAAUAAAUCGAAAAAAUAAAUUUAAAUCAAUGCUGAAAUAUAUGUAAUAUAUAUAUGUAAAAUAAUUAACGCGAAAAAAAUGCACGUUAACAGAGAUAUUAACAGAUUUAUACAUACAAAUGUAAAUAAAUAAAUGAUGCCUUGUAAAUAUUGUUAAAACAUACAUGAUCUUCCUUGAAAAAAUAAUUAUUUUAAAUAUUUUAUUAUUUUUAAAAACUAUUAAUUGUUAACAUAAGAAUACUUAAAUUAUCUGGAGCAAUUUGUAACCAUAAAAUGGUCUAAGUAUAAUUUUUUAUUAAAAAAAAAAAAAUGUUAUCAAUUUUUGACUCCAAUGAUUAAUAAUAAUAAUGUAUAAUACAAUUAAAAAUGUCAUGAUGAAAUAAAAAAAUUAUUUUUUAGAAUAAAUAUAAAUUUUACGCGAAUAUUUAAUUAGUGUAGAAAUUUUAAAUAAUUUAAUAAUAGAAUAUUCUGUGCCUAGGAAUAAAAUAAGACGAUUUCAAGCGAAGCCUGAAAUUUCAUUUUAUUCCAUGCCACAUUUUAUUACUGUCUGCAUUGAAACUGUAUUUAAAUGUUUAGAGAAGUGAUAAAAAUAUGAUCAGCAAAUGUACAAAUACAACUUUCAAUUUUGUCAAUUAGAAUUACAUCUAGUUCUCGUAUUUGAAAAUUUAAUACCGACGCUGAGAUUUGAACCCGAGUACCUCAAAAUACCAAAUCUAUGUCUUUUACACUUCGUCAUAUUACAAAAAAUUUUAAUUUUGUUCUGUUUAGCGGGAAAGAAGUCGCACUUAUAAAAAGACAAAGAAUUUAAAUGCGCGGUCACGGAAAUUUCUCAAACAUCGACAGAAAUUUGAACUUUCCAAGAUUGGAAUUUAUUACUUUUCCCUCUAGAUGUAUAAUCUACUGCAGCUAAAUUUCAUUGGUCUGGUUGGAUUUUUUUCACUGACAGAGUUUCAAUGCAGACAUAAAAAAUCUAUUUUGUAUGUCAAUAAUAUAAUCAACGAAAUGAAUUACUCGUCGAUACUUUUUUUGUUCUCUCUAUAUGGCAACAUUACUUGGUCAUUAAAAUAUUUAAUUACGGUCUAAAAAUGUGUAGAUUUACGUUAUUAUUAAUUUUAAAAUCAGAUCUUGUAUUGCGUUUAUCAAUUAUUAUUAUUUCUAUAUCAAAAAUAUGUCAUUACUUUGUACGAUUACUGACUAAAUAAUCGUAUUGUAAGAUUAGAUCAGUUCUGGCUAUCAAUUGUUACUUUUUAAUUAAUUAUUUAUUUAAAUACGCAGGAUAGCUUUUAAUUGGCAAUUAAAAUUAAUUUUUUAUGCCCACAUAAGUAGUUAUAUUAUUGCAACACUCAAAAUAAUCAAUAAUAAUAAUAAUAAAAUAAAAUAAAACGUGCAGUUAAAUUAUUUAUCAGCAGCGUUAAGUAACAAGUUUUUUUUCAAAACAUAAAUAUAAUAAUAAUUGUUAUUAUUAUUAAUUAUUCAAUGAAUAACUUUGCAAAAUAAUAUUUAAUUAUCAAGAUCAUUUUUCUUUGACACGAAAUAAGUUUUUUUUUUUUUCAAUGCAUAAGCAUAUUCUGACAAACUAUACUGUCAUUAAUUUUUGCGUUAAUCAGCAAAAUUUCAAUAAAUUUUAAAUAGCUCAUGUAACAUUUUUUUCUGUUUAUUUUUAUUUUAGAUAAUAAUAAUAAUAAACUGAAUAAUAACGCAUAAAUGCCUUAAAUAGGAAGACUAAUUUC